AUGACAUUUUCCACGUCACUUUUAGAUAUUCUAUUAUAUGUUAUUUUUUUAACUUGCAUAUUGUUCGUUUUGUUGUGCAUUGUGGUAAAAAAAUAUGUACAACCGUAUCCGGAUAUAUACAAGACAAAAAAGGAAGAAAGUUUUUAUGAUCCUGUUGUGAAAAAAACACAAAAGUUUCCCUCUCUUAAUGAUUCCUUUAGUGUGCAUUUAAGUGUUGUUGUACCUGCUUACAAUGAAGCCAAAAGACUUAAACCUAUGUUAGACGAAUGUUUAAAUUAUUUGGAAAAUCAAAAAUCAGGUGACAGUUUCAAAUAUGAAGUUAUUAUCGUCAGUGAUGGUUCUACGGAUAAAACAGUUUCAAUUGCAAUGCAAUAUUGUGAAAAAUAUGGCACUGAUAAAGUCAGAGUGUUAGAAUUGGAAAAAAAUAGAGGGAAAGGAGGAGCAGUUUGCUUGGGUGUUCAAAGCAGUAGAGGUGCUUUAAUAUUAUUCGCUGAUGCCGAUGGUGCUACAAAAUUUGAAGACAUUUCUAAAUUAGAAUUAGCUAUGAAAUUAUUAAUAAAAUCAUCUAACUCAGAUGGUAUAAUUUGUGGAUCAAGAGCUCAUUUAGAAAAAGAAGCAAUUGCUAACAGAUCAUUUUUUAGAAACAUUCUUAUGCAUGGUUUUCAUUUUUUAGUGUGGUUAACCGCUGUUCGAACAAUAAAGGAUACACAGUGUGGAUUUAAAAUGUUUACAAGAAGAACAGCAAAUAAAUGUUUUCAAUCUUUACAUGUUCAGAGGUGGGCAUUUGAUGUGGAGCUACUUUACAUUGCUGAAAAAUUAGAAAUCCCUACUUCUGAAGUUUCAGUUCGAUGGACGGAAAUUGAGGGUUCAAAACUUGUUCCAGUUUUAUCUUGGCUUCAAAUGGGUAGAGAUUUAUGUUUAAUAUGGUUUAAAUAUAAAAUUGGGGCUUGGAAGUUAAAAAAUUAA